AAGAAAUAGAUUAAUUUUUCGAUGCUUGUUAAUAUAAGACGUGGGUAGUUUUAAUCAUGAAUUGGUUUCUGUGAGUGUGGAACGCGUUUGGAUUGAACAAUGAAUGCUGGUCUAAUGAAUGCGCCGCAGUGCUUGUGUUAAGGGAAAGGGCUCACACGAAUAUGAUUUUUUCCUGAUCAAAGAUUUAUAGAUGCUUUUAUUUUAUAUAUUUUAUGCGUUUUUACGGCGUUUCAUUCGUUUGACCAUCUGCAGCGGGAAAGCUCGCCAUCGCGAGGGGUCACGGUGUGUGUGUGUAUGAGAGGGUAAAAGGAAAGAGAGAAUUGUUGUUCGGAAAACCUCAAAGCCAUGAUUUGCUGCAUCUGAGCAGAAUGAUGCAUUAAUCAUAGUGAUUAGAUCGUCGUAAAUGCAUGCAUUUGUAAAACCACUCUCUGCCAGUCUACAUAAACUUAUUCAUGUCUGUUUGAAAACACCUCAACCAGACCCGUUAUUUGGCUGUUUAACAGGCCCUUAGACCGUGCGCGCGAGGGACACUCGGGGGUCGAGUCGCUCUCCGCGUGCAUGCUUAAUACCCGCUGAUAUAUUAAUCACGGGCGGCGCGUGACGCCACGAGCGUGUGAAUUAAAAGCUGCAGUUCGUCACCUGUUGGAAAGGUAACGGCCGUACGCGGGAGCGCCAGUCAGAAAGCGGUGCCACUACCGCCCGAGUGGAUGAAUCGAGGAAGCGAGACGCUUACCGAGUCCAAGUUGUCAUGGUGAUUUUGCCAUCUGUUGGCUCGGUUUGUUUAAAGCUUAGUGUAAAGACGAUCGCUCUGCCCGCGCACACGUUUCGAUAGGCGUCGUAUUCUACAUUUACGAUACAGUGUUUUAAACCACUGACAUUGAGCGUUUCGCGUGAGAGGUCGUGCAUUCUCACGGGCUCACUGUUAUCGAAUUUGCGCCGAAUACUGAGCAUUGAGUGUGUUUUCGUAAUGAAAUUCCCCCGCAUAGUUUAUUAUCCGCGCGCCAUCCCGCCACUGCACCGUUCAGUCGGAGCUACGGAGGAGGAGGAGGAGGAGGGAUAAGACCAUUGGUAUUCAUCUCUCGUAUGAGAGUCUCUUUCACCGUCCCCGCCGUGAGUCCGGGGAAUACAUACUCACCCCAUUCCUUGUGAAUGCAGAAGAAAGCAGCUAUGUAGCACUGGAUUAUGCUCAAAUGGCCUUAAUUCUGGAAAAAUGAACACCAUUACCUGCUGAAAUGCUCAACCAAUAGAAUGGAGCGCUUGGUGUUGGACAUCUGGUUAUGGAGACGCCCGCUGGAUCUACCUGCACGUGUGCCGUGGUUCUGAGUGCUAGAGUUUAAUUUCAUAAAAGCUGCAAGCGUAAAUCAGAGAUUUAUUAGUAUCGACGUGUGUGUGUCUUGUUAAGAGGGACGAUGUGGCACACACAGUCAUCAGCUUACCUGCCGCCUACCCACCUGCUCUGCCGACCUCUGACUUUUGCCCUGUGUUGGCUCCUUGUAUGGUUAAUGCGGUCGGUCUCCAUGGCAACAGCGCUGACCUACCAGCCCACAGUAAACACAGCACUUGGCAGACUCAGGGGCAUGCGGGUUGCUGUGGCGACAGAGGGGCUGGGCCCUGUGGAUCAGUACCUGGGUGUGCCUUACGCUGCGCCACCUGUGGGAGAGAAACGCUUCAUGCCGCCCGACGCACCGUCAGCCUGGUCCGGCGUUCGAAACGCCACUCGCUUCCCUCCUGUCUGCCCGCAGACCAUUCGCAACGCAGUCCCCGACAUCAUGAUGCCAGUGUGGGCCACCUAUAACCUUGACACGGUCGCUACAUACAUGCAAGAGCAGAGUGAAGACUGUCUGUAUCUGAAUAUAUACGUACCAACACAACGUGGCACAAGGAGACCAGGCGACAUGUCAGCUGACACAGAGCGUACAGAGGAUGACGGGCUUCGAGACUCCCGCGAUGACCCCCGUCCUGUGAUGUUGUUUAUUCAUGGUGGCUCGUACAUGGAGGGCACUGGGAAUAUUAUGGACGGCAGCGUGCUGGCCAGUUACGGCAAUGUCAUAGUUAUCACAGUCAACUACAGGGUUGGAAUACUGGGAUUUUUGAGCACAGGUGAUCAGGCUGCUAAAGGGAAUUACGGUCUGCUGGAUCAGAUUCAGGCCCUGCGUUGGAUCAAUAAGAACAUUGGAUAUUUUGGUGGCGAUCCUGGCCGUGUGACGGUGUUUGGCUCAGGAAUCGGAGCGUCCUGUGUCAGUUUGCUAACUCUAUCACAUCAUUCUGAAGGUUUGUUCCACAGAGCAAUCAUUCAGAGUGGGUCAGCUCUAUCCAGCUGGUCUGUGAACUAUCAGCCUGUGAAAUACACACGUCUCCUCGCAGAGCGUGUCGGGUGUAACGUUCUUGACACACACGACCUGGUCCUUUGCAUGCAGAAGCGUAGCUACAAAGAAUUGGUUGAGCAGGAAAUUCAGCCAGCACGCUUCCAUGUGGCCUUUGGCCCUGUCAUCGAUGGUGACCUCAUACCUGAUGACCCCGAAGUGCUCAUGGAGCAGGGGGAGUUCCUUAAUUAUGACAUCAUGCUGGGCGUCAACCAGGGGGAGGGGUUUCGUUUUGUAGAGGGCGUUGUAGAGCCAGAGGAGGGCGGAGUUUCUGGCUCAGAUUUUGACUUUGCAGUAUCAGAUUUUGUGGACGGUCUCUAUGGAUAUCCGGAAGGGAAGGACACGCUCAGGGAGACCAUCAAGUUCAUGUACACGGACUGGGCUGAUCGAGAUAAUCCUGAGACGCGUCGCAAAACUCUGGUGGCCAUGUUUACGGAUCAUCAGUGGGUAGAGCCAGCUGUGGUCACAGCCGACCUGCACGCUCGCUAUGGCUCGCCGACCUUCUUCUACGCGUUCUACCAUCACUGCCAGAGCCCCAUGAAACCCCCAUGGGCAGAUUCUGCACAUGGCGAUGAGCUGCCCUACGUGUUUGGCAUUCCACUUAUUGGCCCGACAGAACUCUUUCCCUGCAACUUCUCCCGCAAUGAUAUCAUGUUGAGCGCCGUCGUCAUGACCUACUGGACCAACUUUGCAAAGACCGGUGAUCCAAACAAGCCAGUUCCUCAGGACACCAAGUUCAUCCACACCAAAGCCAACCGUUUCGAGGAAGUGACCUGGGCCAAGUACAGUCCCCAUGACCAGCUAUACCUUCACAUUGGGCUAAAGCCACGUGUUCGGGAUCAUUACCGUGCUACCAAAGUUGCUUUCUGGAAGCACCUAGUACCUCACCUCUACAACCUGCAUGACAUGUUCCACUACACAUCCACCACCACCAGGGUUCCACCUCUUCUGACCACCCACGGCUCUCACAGUGCAACGCCCCGCCCAGGGGCCAACAAGGUUCGUACCCCUGGUAAACAGCCCCCUCAAUCCACAGCACGCAGCGGGCCACUGGUCAUCGCCAAUCCGCGCGAUUACUCCACGGAGCUGAGCGUCACGAUCGCCGUCGGGGCUUCUCUCCUCUUCCUUAACGUCCUGGCCUUCGCUGCGCUCUACUAUCGCAAGGACAAGCGGAGUCGUCAGGAAACGCCCCCUCAGACAGCACCUCAGCGCCAGACCCCGCCCAAUGAUCUCAGUUACUUGCCCACCUCCAUUUCAGGGGAUAACCAAGAAGAAGGAUCACUGUGCGAUCCCUUACGUCUCACCCCAGCAUCGUCUCCGCGGGAUUACGCGCUCACCCUUCGUCGAUCGCCGGAUGACAUCCCGCUCAUGACACCAAGCUCAGUCGCCAUGACGCCAAAUAGCGGCUCUAUGACGCCUAACACUGCAACCUUGACACCCAACAGUGUUACCAUGACACCCAACACCAUUACGAUGUCACCCAAUUCUUUGAUGGGGUAUCCCAGCAUGCACCCUUAUAACACCUUUACGCAUGGGUACAACUCCACCACUCUGCCACACCCGCACUCAACAACACGCGUAUAAAAUGCAACACAAACUAAUGCUCACUCACAACAAUGUUACAAAUCCCUACAACACAGCAACAUUACCGUAACCAGAUCAAACAGGUGCAAACUGUUGUACUUGUGUUUAAAAGUACAAUUGCAGGUGAAACUGAUACAUAACAUGAGCACAAUCGCCUCAGUUUUACUGCACUCACGUGAAUCAGUGCAGCCCAUAAACACAAACCAGGAUGAACUAAAACAGUAUCAUGGGUGUCAGUGCAACACACUAACAAACAUAUGAACACUGCUUCUAGUCUGACUUUGGUCUAGAGAUACAGCAUACGCGUUCUAUGAGUAGAAAUUUCUCCGUGGAACAAACAGGAACACAAUGGUCAGACUUGAGGCGGUGCUGCAAUACCGAACCUGACUCUAGGGGGCACUAAAGGACUCGAAAAUCCUGCAGGUGGUUGGCUCUGCAGAGGAGCACAGAGCAAGAACAAUAGAGGGCGCUGGUGUCAGCGUUUCAGAACACCAACAUGAACCAACCAAGCACUUAUAAGAUAUAUAACAUAAAAUAACAAACAUAUUAACUACUAUUGUACAGCUAUAACAUAUGUAUUAACGUCAAUGUACAGACAGCUUUUUUGAAUGUGUUGUAAGAAUGAUUUCUAAUCGUUUUUAAGAUCUGAUUAUUCCAUAGCAAAUAAGCUCAGAUUGAUUUUGAAUCCUGAAUCGUUUUUUCUUUAUAUCACACACACAAAAACAGUAUUUUAAAAUGUUCUUUUUUCUGUAGGAAUGGGUGAGUGGUACAUUUUGCUUUUGGUAUAACCAUAUGGUUGUAUAUUACAUGAGAUCAAAUAACGUGUUUAAAAAAACACAAUGUCUGUAUGGUUUAUGAUUAUUCCUGAACGAGAGAGAGAGAGAGAGAGAGAGAGAGAGAGGGGGAUCAAGCUUUAUAGUGUACAAACAUCUUUAGAUAAUUUGUGUCUUGCUAAAUGUUAUCAUUUUGUGAAAAGGCGUUUUGAUCAUUUUAACUCUGUAUUGUAUCUGAGUUUGAUAGGUUUCGUGAAAUGUUUAAACUCGAAAGCAUUGAGAUUCUUUUUCAGUAUUUAUCAGUGAUAUGACAUCACUCAUACAGUAAUGUGACGUCACUCAUGCUGUGAUAUGACAUCACUCAUGCUGUGAUGUGACGUACAGGCUUUGCUGAGAAUUUAUGAUGUUACUCUUUCCUAUGAAACACGAAUGUGGUGAUAUGUUACGAACACUGGGCUUCUCUGAUGAAGGUCGUUCUGAAAUGUUGUGUUUACUUUGGAACUGCACAGGUGAUACAAAAGUGUAGUAUCCUAAUGGUGUCAUAUCCUGCCAGAUGGUUAGAUUAUUUGUGAUACUCCAUCCCUGGCAUGUAUUUUGUGCCAAUUUUACGACACGGUUUCCUUGGCAACCAGCAGAAAGUUUGUCUAUUAAUGUGUUUGUGUGGAAGUUCAACAGCUUUAUAAAAGAAUUUGCAGUACUUACAACAGUUUGAGUUCAUUUGGAAUUUGAAAGGGAAAGACAGAUGGAUGCACUAGCUUGUCUCUCCUAGCUGAGGUUGACCUUUGUGCAUCUGCUCAGGUCUGUUGGUUUAAUAGCUUGCAGAAGUCUGUUCUUUUAUACUCUGUACAUUUCUGCCUCAAAUUUGCAGUAAAUAUUGAG